CCAGACUGUAGCACCACGCGCAGCGUGUGAGGGAGAGAAACCGGUCGGGAAAGCAACGUCAUUCCUCUUGACUAUCGACUCGACAUAAAGCAGCCGAUAGAGAACGGAGUGGAGCGGUGUUGUCCGUGGCAGCUUGUCCAGCUGCCCAGCUCUGGUCAGGUGUAGCAGCGGACACGGCGCCAGGGGUUUGAAGAGGUGCUGAAGCGAUUACAGCAGAAAGAUGGCGGACGACCCCAGCGCGGCGGACAGGAACGUGGAGAUAUGGAAAAUCAAGAAACUGAUCAAAAGUUUAGAAGCUGCCCGCGGUAAUGGCACCAGUAUGAUCUCACUGAUCAUCCCACCUAAGGACCAGAUUUCCAGAGUGGCCAAGAUGUUAGCUGAUGAGUUUGGCACAGCGUCCAACAUCAAGAGUCGAGUUAACCGGCUUUCUGUGCUUGGGGCCAUCACUUCUGUACAGCAAAGACUAAAACUCUACAACAAAGUGCCACCCAACGGUUUAGUUGUGUACUGUGGCACAAUUGUGACAGAAGAAGGCAAGGAGAAAAAAGUCAAUAUAGACUUUGAACCUUUUAAGCCAAUCAACACCUCUCUUUACCUCUGUGACAACAAGUUCCACACCGAGGCGUUGACGGCCCUUCUUUCGGAUGACAGCAAGUUUGGCUUUAUUGUGAUUGAUGGUAGUGGAGCAUUGUUUGGCACACUGCAAGGCAACACCCGGGAGGUGCUGCACAAGUUCACUGUGGACCUACCCAAAAAGCACGGCAGAGGAGGACAGUCCGCGCUGCGUUUUGCUCGUCUACGAAUGGAGAAAAGACAUAACUACGUGAGGAAAGUGGCUGAGACCGCUGUCCAGCUCUUUGUGUCCAAUGACAAAGUAAACGUGGCAGGAAUGGUCCUUGCUGGAUCUGCUGACUUCAAAACCGAACUUAGCCAGUCGGACAUGUUUGACCCAAGAUUACAGGCCAAAGUUCUGAAGCUUGUUGACAUCUCCUAUGGAGGAGAGAACGGUUUCAACCAGGCCAUUGAGCUCUCAGCAGAGGUUCUAUCAAAUGUCAAAUUCAUCCAAGAAAAGAAGCUCAUAGGGCGGUACUUUGAUGAGAUCAGUCAGGAUACGGGGAAGUACUGCUUCGGAGUGGAGGACACACUCAAAGCACUUGAAAUGGGAGCCGUGGAGAUCCUCAUUGUUUAUGAGAAUUUAGAUACCAUGCGUUAUGUUCUUCGUGUGCAUGGAGCAGAGAGCAACGGGGCCGAAAAUGAUGAAAAAACUCUGUAUUUGACGCCAGAGCAAGAGAAGGACAAAUCUCACUUCACAGAUAAGGAAACAGGACAGGAACACGAGCUGAUCGAGAGCAUGCCCCUGCUGGAGUGGUUCGCAAACAACUACAAGAAAUUUGGAGCCACGCUUGAAAUAGUGACCGACAAGAGCCAGGAAGGGUCCCAAUUUGUCAAGGGCUUUGGAGGCAUUGGGGGUAUCUUGCGGUACAGGGUGGACUUCCAGGGCAUGGAAUACCAAGGAGAGGACGAUGAGUUCUUUGAUUUGGAUGACUACUAGGUAGUCUUGGACUGAUAUUUAGAGGGAAAAAAAGAAUUGAAGAAUUAAGGAAAGAAGAAAAAAACGCCACCUCUCUUGCAGCAAGUGAGAGGGGUUCCAGUGUUGACGAUAUUAAUGACAGACACACCUUCCAAUUUACCUGUUGCAUACACAAAUUUGCAAAUACAUCUGUACACAAAACAAAAAUGCAUUACACAGGUUGGAGAGGAGUGAGAUUUUCUUUCAUCCAGAAAGGAAAAAUGCCCUUCCUGAAUAAAUCCCUGCCUUAGAUUGCUGGAUCCUUCCCCUAGUUGGAUUGGACUCGACUCAUUUUGGUUGUUUUUUUGUUUUUGUUUUUUUCUCCCCGCUGCCUUCCCAUCAUUUUAAACACAACAGCAAGUUCCCAGAUUCCUCGCUGUCUCCAACUCUGUCUGAAGAUUAACUUUGGACUUGCCCCCGACGUACAGAAAAUAUAUUUUCCUUUCUUGCCUCAUGUCCCCACCCUCUUUCUCUUCUGCCCUGUCAUGUUCUUUUUUUUUUUUUUUGCAUUUCAUUUUUUUACUGGUAACUGCUGCUGUUGCAUUUUAUGAGAGUGGGGGAUUUUUUUUACCUGGGUUUCUGUAGAGAAAGGGGGACAAAGUAUUAAAUUUGAACUGCUAAAAACCA